CCCGGCAGGGUCCAACCAAUACGCCUGCGCGAGCGGACAUGCUCCGGAAGCAGUUCUUUGGCCCUAUGACACGUAGCAACCGGGCCGGUUCAGGGUCUGAAACUGAGUUUUGAGGGUUAUUUGGGUCUGCUGGAACUACUGCCACCGCCGCCGCGUUUGGUGAGUAUUCUAAGCCCGCGGAGAACUAGUCGGCUUCUCCUCUCCCCUGUGCACCUGGGCUUGUUGCCUCUUGAGGGGCCGCGCCCUGUUCCUUUCGCACAGACCCUCGCUCCUUUUCAAGCCCUUGCUCUGCCGCGGCCCCUGUAUUUCAGAUGCGACCAUCCAGGAUUCUGCACUUUCUUGGCAGAGCGCGGGCCUGGAGGCAGUCGCCUUGUCAGCUGUAAAACUCUGUCCCGAAAUCAUUUGAAAUGUCAGGCUUUGAAAACUUAAACACGGAUUUCUACCAGACAAGUUACAGCAUCGAUGAUCAAUCACAGCAGUCCUAUGAUUAUGGAGGAAGUGGAGGACCUUAUAGCAAACAGUAUGCUGGCUAUGACUACUCGCAGCAAGGCCGAUUUGUCCCUCCAGACAUGAUGCAGUCACAGCAGCCGUACACUGGGCAGAUUUUCCAGCCAACUCAGGCAUAUACUCCAGUUACAUCUCAGCCAUUAUAUGGAAACAGCUUUGAGGAUGAGCCCCCUUUAUUAGAAGAGUUAGGUAUCAAUUUUGACCACAUCUGGCAAAAAACACUAACAGUGUUACAUCCGUUAAAAGUAGCAGAUGGCAGCAUUAUGAAUGAAACUGAUUUGGCAGGACCAAUGGUUUUUUGCCUUGCUUUUGGAGCCACAUUGUUACUGGCUGGCAAAAUCCAGUUUGGCUAUGUAUAUGGGAUCAGUGCAAUUGGAUGUCUAGGAAUGUUUUGUUUAUUAAACUUAAUGAGUAUGACAGGGGUUUCAUUUGGUUGUGUGGCAAGUGUCCUUGGAUAUUGUCUUCUUCCCAUGAUCCUACUUUCCAGCUUUGCAGUGAUAUUUUCUUUGCAAGGAAUGAUAGGAAUCAUUCUUACUGCUGGGAUUAUUGGAUGGUGUAGUUUUUCUGCUUCCAAAAUUUUUAUAUCUGCGUUAGCCAUGGAAGGACAGCAACUUUUAGUAGCAUAUCCUUGUGCUUUGUUAUAUGGAGUCUUUGCGCUAAUUUCUGUCUUCUGAACUGAAUUUAUCUGGGAUGUGGACAUCAGUGGGCCAAAUACACAAAAAGGAACUUGAACUCUUAAAUCGGACGAGCAAACUGCUGCAGCGCAACUCUCAUGCAGAUAUACGUUUGACUGUUGGAGCAAUGGAAGUAAACAUGUAUCUUUUGUUCAUUUUUAUAGAACUUUUGAAUACUAUAUUGGAUUUACCUGCAGUGUGACUAGCUUUAAGUGUUUGUGUUUGUACAAAUAAAAAGUGCUAUUUCUUUCGAA